AUGAAUCAAACUGACGAAAUGUACCCUGCAUAACCUAUCUAUGAAGAUAUUGAAAAUCAAAUAACAACAAGACAUCAAAAUUUUAUUGAACAUAAAAUCAUUGAGAUUAUUUAACCAUUAUAGAAUUUGAAAAUUUGGAGAUAGAAAGCUUAUAAAAGUUCAGCCAUGCUACUAAAUUUAAAGAUUACUUUGAUGAUUCGGAUAGCUCGAGUUAUUAUCCAUAUCGAAAAGCAGCAAUUCAAGUAAAUGGUGUAAAGAUGCUUGAAUAAGAAGGAAGAUGAAAAAGAAUAAGAGUUUUAUUAACCUAAAAGAGCGAAAAAUUUAGUUGAUGAUUAAGAGAGAGAGAUAAUUCCUUUAGUUCCUCGGCGCUUUUUACUCAGAAACGGAUCUAAAAGAUAACAACGUAGAGUUGUAACUUGCUAAAUAUGCUACUCGGACUAGUAUUAAUCUGGUAUGGUUCUUCUAAACUGUGGGCAUAGUUAUUGCGUUAUUUGUUUGAACUAAAUGAUACUUUAUGCUAUUGACUAAUCAGGAGAGGUCCAUAAAUUAAAAUGCCCUGAUUUCAAUUGCCCAGCUGUCCUACCUAGAGAUACCAUUGAAAGCUUAAUUGAAAGAAGCGGAAAAUUCCCAAAAUAUCUUAGGAUCAUGAGAAAUUAUUACCUAGUUCUCGAAAAAACUAAAAAGUUUUGUCCCGCUCCGAAUUGCGAUAAUGUUCUUGAGAAAAAAGGAUUAAACUCUAAAAUAAAUUGUGAACAAUGCAAAAACUUAAUUUGUUUUGACUGUCAUUGUGUCUGGCACAUUGGAUAAACUUGCAGAUAGUACAUAAAAAAAACAUAAAUCAAUUGGGCUCUAAGAGAUGAGAAUACCUAAAAAUGUCCACAAUGCAAAGUAAUUAUAGAGAAGGAUGAAGGAUGCAAUCAUAUGACAUGUUAUAAAUGCUAACAUUAUUUCUGCUGGGGCUGUGGAUUCCCUGUAAAGCAUUUUAUUCAUGAUAAAGACAUCUAAACGUUUUAUACAUAUGGAAUAUGCUUGAAAGAAAAAUAUAAGACUAUAUCUAUCAGAAAGUUAACCUUUAUUUAUCUAUUACUGGCCAUUGUAGCUCAAUUUUUAUCUUUUCUUGUCUUACUUAUUGGAGGAGCAUUGUUUUGGAUUGCUGGACCCUACUUCUUAUACGGGGAUAUAUUAAAAUAUUUGAAAGGCCCAGUUGUUAAAGCUGUAGUUAUUUACUUACUUGUAAUCUCCUAUCCUAUUUGCAUUUUUCUAGGAUUAUUAACUGGCGGAUUGUUUGGAUCUCUGUAUUUGGCCGUUGGUUUCUUUCCGAUUGGUAUAAUUCAUUCCUACUAUUUGAUUAAUAUAAUACGCUGGAGGAGAUAAGGUAGAAGUUUUAGAGGUAAAUGA